AUGGACGGACGCAGCAGCAAGUGGGUGAACGUCGACUACACGAACCGCAUCCUCGAAGAGUCCACCGCGCUCCCUCCGUCCUCCUCGUCCAGUGCAAUCGGACCUGGCAGCGACUCUACGUUUGUGUCGGACCGCCCCGAUGGCUUUCGUGCCACAAUGUCGUCGUCAUCGUCGCUCUCGCUAUCACUUACUGGAGAGCCUGUGCAAUCGACUAUCCAAGUGACCGUGAAAGAGCCUAUCAAACAAGGCGAGGGCAUGAACGCCUACAUUUCGUACAAAAUCAGUACAUCCACGAGCCGACCGCAGUUCGCCAAGAGCUCGUUCACAGUCGUCAGACGGUACAGUGAUUUCAUCUGGAUCCACGGGCAGCUAAGUGCGCUGUUUCCAGGGAUUGUCGUCCCGCCGCUGCCCGAGAAACUGCUGGUCGGGCGGUUCUCGCCGGAAUUCAUCGAAGGCCGACGUCGCGCCCUGCAGUUGUUCUUGCAGCGCUGCUGUGUGCAUCCGGAACUGCAGCACAGUGAACACCUAACGACGUUCCUCGAAGCGAGUGAGGAGCGGCUGCAGGCGUUCCGGAGAGACCCGCGCCAUGCAGCACCAAAUGCCCAGCGGGGCGUGCUAUUUCAGUGGCUGGACGAGACAGUGAACACUAUUUCGUCCACGUUGUCGGUCACGUCGACGAUCAACUUGCCCAAGACACCGGCCGACGUGGAAGUGGAGAGCAUGAUGGUGUACAUUGAAGGCCUGGAACCGAUCAUGGCGGGACUGCACAAACAUGCUCACGGCUUGACGAAACGAGCGCGAGAGAUUGCUGAUGGACUCUUUGAGUUUGGCGUAUCGUUUACGUUGCUGGGCAAGUCAGAGGAGAACGCGUCGCUGCAGGAAGGGCUGAGCCACAUUGGACAUUGUUCCGACCAGCUCUCGACGUUAGCAGCAGAACACGCUGAACGCGAGGCACUGCACUUUGAGGAGCCAAUCUUUGACUACAUUCGGCUGGUUGGGGCAGUGAAGGCUGCGCUGCAGAAACGGCAUGAAGUGCGAUGUGCGUAUGGCUCGGCAGUUGCCGACCUUGAAGCGAAGGAAGCCGUGUUGGCGAAGCUACUCAAGCAUGCCCGGGGAGGCUCUGUAGAGGAGAAGGUUCAGCUGGCUGAGAACGAGGUGCGCACAGCUGAGCAGACUAUGGAAGACGCCAGACUUGCCGACGACAUCGUCACGGAGCGAGUUCUUCGCGAGGUGGAACGUUUUCGACGGGAGAAGCUGGUGGACUUCAAGCACAUAAUAUUGGACUACAUUCAAAUGCAGAUUGAGUAUAGCAAGAAAGUGGAGGACGAGUGGCAAAAGGUCAUCCCGAAGCUUGCGGCGAUACAGGUAGAGAACGGCGGGUCGCCACUGGCAUCGGCGAGCCCGGUCUCGCAAGUUAUGACGCAUGGUGCUCUCCGUGCAGAGGAAGAGGCAGCUGCUGCGCGUCACGGCCCGAUGAUACAGGAGGACUACAUUCCGUCGAAUGGAGACUUGGCGGAAAGUCUUUCGGAUCUGACGCUAAUGGCAAAUGAGGGCGAUGUCGAAGACCCUUUCGAGCACUCACCGUAUGGCUCUCGGGCAACGGGCGACUCGAAUCCGGACGUGUCGCUGUAA